AGAAUUUUUAUCUUUUAUUUUAAAAAUAAAUUGAUUUUGUUAAUUAAUAACAAUUAUAAAUUUCGCCCCCCGUACAUUUGUAUAUAAUAUGCUUAUGUCCGCGUCACCCUCAUUGUGAAAUUUUGUUUCCUAAGUAAAAUUCAACCAUGGAAUGUGAUGACGACAGUGAGGUUAAUUUUGAAUGUGAUUUGGACUCCGAAGCAGAAAGGGCCCUUCUUGAGGAGGACGAUGAAGAUGAUGAGGAUAGGGAUCUUCUUGAAAUUGAUCCUAAUAUUACAAUUGGGAAUGAUACAUGCUCAGAAUUUAGCCCUGAAGAACAGGCUAAACUGUCAUCAACACAGGUGCCUACCUCAUUUAUCUCAUCACCAAAACCUAAACCUCAACAAUUAAGGAAACCGAUCACUUCAAACAAAAGACCAAACAUUGCACAGUAUCAAGAUUCAGUAAAAAAGCCAAGAAAGGGGCAAGCGAAAUUCAACAACGACUUUAACACAAAUAAACUGACGCAAAACGGUGUCAGCAAUGCCUUGAGUAAGACAUUCCCAAAACCGAAUCAAAACAACAACAACGACAACAACAGUGUAACAAAUAAGGUAUUUCCGUGGGCGUCGGGGGUUGUGCCUGGUACCAACCUAGUGCAUACACCCAUCGUCGUGCAGAUCGUUUCCCCACAACCUUUAAUAAAUCUAGAGCCUAACAUGAGAAAUGAAACUGUAACUAGUCAAACAAGCAGACCUACAUCAAAUCAUAUCAGUAUUGAACAGCAGGAGUACAAUUCUUAUUUGCCAGUCAACAAGUGGAACUCUAGUGACUAUUACGAGCCUUGCGACCGAUCGACUGGUAGUUCACGUGGAAGUCAUCAUUCGGACAGUAACCGGUUCGCCAAGAAUGAGGUCUGCAACGGGAUCACGAGGCUUGAACCUUUGUCAUUGAAAAGGAGUGAAAGUUAUUUGAAUUUCAAUAAUGAUUAUUCAAAUCGGAACGAUUGUUUAAGCCACCAAACCAUCAAUCAGUUAGUCGUCAGGAAUAACUUACGUAACAAUGAGUUAAAUUUUACUCCGCCACCGUUAAAUAGAAAAAUUGAGCAUAAUGGGUAUUUUUCACAAGAAGAUAAUGCUAAUCAGUGUAAAAUGAAUAAUGUGGACAUCUCCGAUUAUCCGGAAAAUUACGUAGAAUUAAUGGAAGAGAAGAAAAGACUGAAGCAACAUAUACAGGAGUUUAACAGGAAACGGCACCUUUAUUUGGAGAACAUGAAGAAGCACUCUGAUGAAUAUAUUCCCCAGCAACUUAAACCUUCAUUAGAAAGUGCAGGUAGAAAAAUUGUUCCAAAUCGACAGUUUAAUCAGCCACAUUCGUCGUCAAACGAAAGGGACAUCUUGAUUUCUUCUGCGCCCGACGAUGCACCAGCUCAGUCACAGCAGGUCAAGUUUAUACCAACCAGCUUAAAUCGAUUAAGACAACUCCGACAACAAAACGAGUCUCAAACUACCCAAAGAAAAUCCGUAUUUAGUAGGCUGGAAAUACCAAGAACCACGCGGUAUCCUCAAAAAAUUACUGUGCAAGUGAAUAAAAAUGGAAACAGGACAUACAAAUCUUCAAGUGACAGUUAUUUCAAUUAAUAUCGAUAUUUUUCUAAUAAGUUUAAUACCAUGACAUUGACAUAAAUAAAUAUUUUUUUAUAAAA